AAAGAUAUAUUGGGUACUAGUCGUCCUUUGCAAUAAGCUUCGUAUUAUGGCUACUGCCCUGAAAUCUCAGCCCCCUACAUAUAUCUAGAACCAGCGGUAACUAGGCCUACAUGUGGAAUUGAGAAUGUAUGUAUGUGUGGCUAGGGUGCAUGCAAAUGCUGGUGGUGCAGAUGUGAUCACGGAGAGCUCACUUACAGCACGCGAGCCUACGAGUCGUAACCGCCGAACUUCUCCUAAGCCAGACCCUGCUUUGCACCAUCAAUCCCGGACUUCAGAGAAAUGUGACAUACCACUCGCUGAUACCAGUAACAAGCCCAUCCCGUCCAUCUCCACAGAACCAGAAACUUCCUUCACCAUAAUCCAUAGCCCUUAAGCCACAUGAUGCUCCAAGCCUGAAUCCUUCAGUUCAGCCUCGCGGUCCACAAUUCGUAAAGGUUUCCCAAGUGUCUCAUAAAAUCCCUGCUCCUA